AGGUCCCUCCGCCCUCCUCACUCCCUAUUUGUCACAAUAACGUCGCCUCGCAACUAGUACUUUGCGUGAAUAUACGAAGUUCUUAUGAUUUAUGAUAUUAUUGGUUUUAUCGAGUUUCUAUUCAUUUAAUUUUAUUAACAUAGGUACCUACUAUUAGACAUUCCAUUUCAUCCUGACUUUAGACGGACUCCUUAAACCUUGACGACUGUGGUGUGACUCCCGACCAAUUUACCGUUAUGACUGCCUUCAAAGGAAAUAAUUGGAAUUCAGACAUGCGAAACGAAGAGCGCAAAGAAGAUCAGCCUCCAUUUUCAAGAAUCUUUGUCGUAUGUAGUAAGCAAUUGCAAGAGGAAGAUUUGAGACCACACUUCGAAGAAUUUGGAGAAGUGGAAAAUAUAUACUUGCCCCGAGAUCGAAAUACCCGUGAGUCCAAGGGUGUAGCGUACAUAAAGUAUACUAAAACAUCCCAUGCAGCAGCUGCCAUUGAGAAGAAAACCUUGACAGACUCAGGGAAACCUAUUAAAGUAAUGGUUGCUGCCAGCAAAAAUGAGGUCACUCCAAGCACCAAUGAGGAUAGGUAUAAAAGACUCUUUAUCAAGGUGCCUAAAGACAUAAAAAGAGAAGAAAUAAUUGAACACUUCUCAACAUUUGGUUCAGUUAUAUCUGUUCACAUCCACAAAGACAAAGUUACAGAUGCAUGCAAAGGUUUUGCCUAUGUUAACUUCAAAACAUUUCUUGGAGCGGCAAAAGCUUAUGAGGAAUGUGACAGAAAAUACAAGGCAGUAUUUGCCACCCCUAAGGAUGAGUUGAAGAGAAGUAGGAACAGUUUAGAUAAUAUAGGACAUUUUCCAGAUAAUUUUGCAUUCAACAAUCAUUAUAAUAGGGAUAGUUUUCGCCAUACGGAUAUCCAUCCCUCACAUGAAAUAAUGAAGAAUGAUAUUGGUUCCACUGCUAAACCUGGUCCUGCAUAUAACAGAAUAACAGUUACAUGCAGCCCACAAGUUCCUCAAAGAUACAUUGAAAAUUUAUGUAACUUAAUUCCUGGGAUGUUGAACUGCCAAUACACCUUAGAUACAUAUAAAGGAAUUUGUAGAGCAACUGUCACAUAUGAAACAGAAUCGAGAGCAUCAUAUGCAGUUGAUAAGCUGAAUCGAUUUGAAUUUCCAUCUGGAGAAAUGCUUACUGUCAAACUUGAUGAUCCUUUAAAGGCAGCGGCAAAUAAUUUGACUCAAGUCGUGAACAGUUUCAAAAACUCCAUAGACAAUGGCAACCCAGAUUUGUUGCAGUUAGCAGAUGCCAUAGCACAAGCAUCUUCUCUUAUUAAGGCAGCCACAUCUGGAGGGAAAAAUGAAAUACAUGCUCCAUCUCAUAACCUAAAUGCAUGCAGUGUCACCUUGCCACCCCCACAACCCAUGGCAAACAGCGACAGCCGAAUUGCCCAAAGAUGUUUUAUAGUAUGUAAACCUCAUCCCCCUCCAAUAACUGUCCUUCAAGAUGCAUUUUGCCGUUUUGGUGAUCUUAUAAAUGUUUGUACAAUUCCAAACAAAACAUUUGGUUUUGCUAAAUAUGCUUCCAUUCAGGCAGCACAGGAAGCCAUAAAAGUUUUGAAUGGAGCAAUGAUUGGUGGGGUUCAAUUGAAAGUUUGCAUAGCUGAUGAAAAGCCAUCUAAGGAUGAGGAUCAAAGAAUGCACAUUGAUGACCAAAAUGAUAAUUACACUGACCCUGACCUGGACAGGAAAAGAAUGAAGCUUUAUGACAACUCUAGAUCUGAUGAUGCACAAACCUCUCACACUUAACCAUAGGUUUAGGAUAUAUACUCUCAACUAAGUUGACAAUGUUUUACUACUUAUAGUGAGAUCUAAUUAAGAAACAAAACUGCUUGAAUUACUUUAUUAACUGACAGAUUCUACUAUUGUUAUUAGACAUCAUUUAGACUAGUAGAGUACAUACAUAGAAAGCUGUUGUAGUUAUUACUUGUAUUUCGAGAUUAUAGCAUACUUUUUUA